AUGGCUGCGAUGCGUCUUGUCCCGUACAAAGACAUUGCCAUGUUGGUCGGAGUGUGGAGAGAUCCGCAAGAAGGUCUGGCACGAGGGUCUCUGGACGGCACGAGCGCAUCACCCACGUCUCACAAACUGCAGGCAGGAGAGCCCUCAAGGCACGGAGCAGCCGAGCACAAAGCGCCUGGGGAACCUGGCCAGCCCGUACAGCCUGGGCAGAAUGGCCAGAGCCAGCACAUCGAAUGCGUGGUGUGUGGAGACAAGUCGAGCGGCAAACACUACGGCCAGUUCACCUGCGAGGGCUGCAAGAGCUUCUUCAAGCGGAGCGUCCGUCGCAACUUAACCUACACGUGCCGCGCCAGUAGGAACUGCCCCGUGGACCAGCACCACAGGAACCAGUGUCAGUAUUGCCGCCUCAAGAAAUGCCUGAAAGUGGGCAUGAGGCGGGAAGCGGUUCAGAUAGGACGAGUGGCUCCGAGUCAGCCCAACCCGGGUCAUUACGCGUUGACCAAUGGCGAUCCCUUGAACGGCCACUGCUAUUUGUCCGGCUUCAUCUCGCUGCUGCUCCGCGCGGAGCCGUACCCCACGUCUCGGUAUGGCAACCAGUGCAUGCAGGCCGGUAACAUCACGGGUAUCGAGAACAUUUGCGAGCUGGCGGCCCGUUUGCUCUUCAGCGCGGUGGAGUGGGCCAGGAACAUCCCCUUCUUCCCGGAGCUGCAGAUCACCGACCAGGUGUCCCUGCUGCGCCUCACGUGGAGCGAGCUGUUCGUACUGAAUGCGGCGCAGUGCUCCAUGCCGCUGCACGUGGCCCCUUUGCUGGCCGCUGCCGGACUCCACGCCUCUCCCAUGGCCGCCGACCGAGUUGUGGCCUUUAUGGACCACAUCCGCUUCUUCCAAGAUCAGGUGGAGAAACUCAAGGCCUUGAACGUCGACUCGGCCGAGUUCAGCUGUGCCAAAGCGAUCGUGCUCUUUACAUCAGACGCAUGUGGCCUUUCCGACGUGCCUCACAUAGAGAGCGUGCAGGAGAAGUCCCAGUGCGCGCUAGAAGAGUACGUAAGGAGCCAGUACCCCUCCCAGCCCGCGCGCUUCGGAAAGCUCCUCCUGCGCCUCCCCGCGCUCCGUAUGGUCUCUUCCUCCGUGAUCGAGCAGCUCUUCUUCGUGCGCUUAGUAGGUAAGACCCCCAUCGAAACGCUCAUCAGGGACAUGCUGCUAUCAGGGAGCAGCUUCAACUGGCCAUACAUGGCCAUCCAGUGAUGGACAAAUUACGGCCAAGGAUGCAGCAUAACUGGCCACAUUCAACAGUC